AUGGUGGUGUGGGCCAGCGUCCUAGGAGCUACGCAGCUUCCCCACGGAGAUGUUCUCGUGGAAGGUGAAACAGAGGGGGGAGAGUGGCAGGUGGCGAGAACGCUCUGCAGUUUUAAAGGGGGUAAGGUCCCUAUCUGCAGCAAACAAGAUCUGGUGCUGACCCCCACAGACUCUAACACCAUUGAAGUGGAUGUCCGGUCGACUCUCACCCCUCCACCCGCCACAGCCAGUCCGUUUCAACUAAACUCUGUCGAGCACCUCAACCCAGCCCAACUGCACAAAGUGGAGGAGCUGCUGCAGCGGUGGAGCUCAGUGUUUGCAACAAGUGAGGAUGAUUUCGGCCGCACAAGUGCAGUGUUGCAUCAGAUCCCAACGGGGACUGCUCCACCAAGCAGAGAAAGAUGCGACGAUUCCAAAACUGGUGUGGGACCAACAAAAGGAAAGAAGCCUGAGAACAAUUCCUGCCAGUGGAGUCGCAAGGCCAGCAGACCAACAAAGGAGGCGAGGGUCGAAGCACCACCAAUGGCCCGAAGCCUCCUGAGACAUUGGGACAAACUGAAAUACAUCAGGUGUCCUGCGACGCGCCUUGGAAGGGGGAAAGACCCCCAGACGGUGCCAACCAAUGGACCAAACUGCCAACACGUACAGCUCAAGCCUCUGGCACAUCCGUAA